AUGACCACCGUGAAGAGCAAUCUCUUCGUUUUUGUGGACACAUACUGGCCCUACAGCUGGGUCGUGGACUAUGUGGCCUAUGUGCUACAAAAUCUAAACAUACAUCCUUAUGCCAGCACAGUCACACUCUUUGCCGCCUCCGAUGGAUCGAUGAUUGUGAACACGACCGACUAUAUUCUCGGAUUGUACGAGCAAUGGAAUGCAACCACGCACUCAAGACAUCAGACUGGGUUCAAUUUACCCAUAAUAUUGAACACGGUGCAAUCACAUGUGGAUCAACUGCUGGCCACAGAGAGCGCUUCCGGCAACUUGGGCGGUCGAUCGCUGGUUGCCUUGUUGGUGCCCAGUCCCAUAUCGUAUGUGGACGAGCACGACUAUGACUACUGUCGCCGUUAUAUUGACAGAUUGGGGUACAGUUUACCCAACUUGCAUUUCAUUUACUAUGGAGGCGGUGCGCUGGUGCGCUUCCAUGACUUUGUCCGCGCUCCUAGCGAGGAUCUGUUUCUACUGAACACGGAGCUGCCACCGGAGAAGUGCGGUGCGCCGGUCAUAAAACGCAUACGACAGGUCCCACGCCGUAUCUCAAAUCCACGCUGUUACUCAACUGGGGACAUCACCACUAAUGACAUCACUUCCCUGGAGCAAUAUGCGCGGCUGGGGAGCAUCAACUUCUAUCGCCUGGACUCUCUUUAUACACCGGGCAGGCAAAGCAUGCGCUAUCUGAAAGUUACUCCCAUCAGUCAAGUGGCCUUUAUGGUUUGCACCUCCCGAAGCAUACCGCUGCCCUUUCGGAAUGCCUCUGCGCCCUUGCGUGCUGAAGAAACGUGCGAAUCGACCGAGCUUGGUUCCUAUAGCUACGAUCUGACAGAUGCAUGUACGGGCUACGACUACGAGCCUUGUCCGCCGCUUUAUUUCUCCGUACAAGCACAGGGCUUUGGCGACGUCUCGUGUACCCAACCUGCUUGCCAGACCCCCGACGAGACGCAGUAUAUCAUCAAUUUCAUUUUAAGGAAUAACAUAUUGCUAAUUGUGGCGAAUCCUUAA